GCUGUCUGGGGGGAGGGGGUCCCCGGGGAAGAAAAAGGCUGAGCUUUCUCUGUGCUCCUCGGGGGUCAUGGAGCCCGGGCUCUGGACUCUAGGGGGCGCUCCUGCUCCAUUCUCUCCCGGACCAAUCUGCCUGGGCAGCAUCUCUAGUCAGAACCAGCCUCCUCUUAGGCGCGGGUCCACUAACCAAGCCCCAGGGAAAGCCCUGAAUGUGGGCGCAGGACCUGGGUUCAAAUGCCGAUCCUGCCCUAUACGGACUAGGGGACUGGAACAGCAAAGUGAGCUUCUUUGGACUUGUGGGUGCUUGGUUCUAAAACGAGGCGGCGGAACUAGAUUAUUUUUGAACUCUUCAGUUAAUUCCAGCAUUCUGUUGUGUGGUCCCAGGGUAGCCUCCCCCUGCAGAGACUCCGCGGUCCGAGGGAGGGCGCUUGACCUCUCAUGCAGCCUUUCCCAGAGUCCUCUGCAGCUCCAACUUCAGAAAGAACUCUAAGGGAGUCUUUGGGGGGAGGCAGCUAGCAAGGGGAGAGCCCCACUCCUAGGGGCGGGGAGAUGGCCAGCGAAUCCGAGGGGGCCCCCAGGAACGAAGAGCUGAAGGCGUGGCAGGGGGCUGCCCAUCAGCCGCAGGAUUCCGAAAAGCCUUCCGGGGCAAGAGAUCCCAGGCUGUGGGAAAGCUAAACUCCCCAGGCACUUGCUUGAGCCAAGGUUCAGUUAAGUGCCCCGCGUUGCACUUGCGACUGGCAGCCACAGUGGGGCAGUGUUGACUGCAGAGUCGGGGAGCCGGCUGGCACUGCAAUGGCGGGGGUUUAGGGGAGGGGGGGAGAGGUUUCCCUCUCCUUUGCAGGCAGCGGACGCUUGGCCUUCCCAGAACCACACGACGCAGCCGUGAGGACAGGGCCCCGGGACCCCGCCUGUCGUUGCGUCUCUCUGCCGUUUACUUAUGACGUAAAGGUCCCGCCUGAUGUAGUACUAGCAGCUGACAUUGACACGGGGCUUUUACACAUGAUGACACCUAACUAUCGAGACAGGCUUGUGAGACACUGUCGCUGCCACCAUAGAGAAGGGGAAACUGAGGGUUGGCGAGGCCGCGUGGCCGUGAUAGAAGGGGAAACUGAGGGGUGGCGAGGUCACGUGGCCGUUACAGAAGAGGAAACUGAGGACUGGGAAAGCCAAGUGAUCGUUAAAGAAGGGGAAACUGAGGCUUGGCGAGGUCACGUGGCCAUUAUAGAUGGGGAAACUGAGACUUGGCGAGGUCAAGUGAUCGUCACAGAAGUGGAAACUGAGGACUGGGAAGGCCAAGUGAUCGUCACAGAAGAGGAAACUGAGGACUGGGAAGGCCAAGUGAUCGUCACAGAAGAGGAAACUGAGGAUUGGCGAGGUCAAGUGGCCGUUACAGAAGGGGAAACUGAGGCUUGGCAAGGUCAAGUGGCCGUUACAGAAGAGGAAACUGAGGCUUGGAGAGGUCAAGUAGCCGUUACAGAAGGGGAAACUGAGGCUUGGCAAGGUCAAGUGGCCGUUACAGAAGAGGAAACUGCUUGGAGAGGUCAAGUGGCCGUUACAGAAGGGGAAACUAAGGCUUGGCAAGGUCAAGUGGCCGUUACAGAAGGGGAAACUGAGGCGUGGAGAGGUCAAGUGGCCGUUACAGAAGAGGAAACUAAGGCUUGGCAAGGUCAAGUGGCCGUUACAGAAGAGGAAACUAAGGCUUGGCAAGGUCAAGUGGCCGUUACAGAAGAGGAAACUGAGGCGUGGAGAGGUCAAGUAGCCGUUACAGAAGGGGAAACUGAGGCUUGGCGAGGUCAAGUGGCCGUUACCAAAGGGGAAACUGAGGCUUGGCAAGGUCAAGUGGCCGUUACAGAAGAGGAAACUGAGGCUUGGCAAGGUCAAGUGGCCACUUCAGAAGUGGACACAGAGGCUUGGCAAGGUCACGUGUCCAUUAUAGAAGGGGAAACUGAGUCUUGGAGAGGUCACAUAGCCACUUCAGAAGUGGAAACAGAGGCUUGGCAAGGUCACGUGUCCGUUAUAGAAGGAGAAACAGGCUUGUCAAGGUCAAGUAGCCAUUACAGAAGGAAAAACUGAGGCUGGAUAAGAUUGAAAUUCAUCUAAUUUAAGUGUCUGAGGGUAGGAUUGGGUCCAGAACUUCCUGAUUAAGUCAUGAUGCCUCUUCAGAAAAGAAAGAGCACCCUGAUGUAGGCUCUCUGGGUACCCAGUGCCCCUCAUGGCAGAAGCGUCAUCAGCUACAGCAGAAGGGCCUUUCUGCCGCCUCCACCCAGAUGCUUGGGAGAAAGGAGCUCUUAGUUUUAGGACUGACAGAGUCACUGCUGACUGGCCUGUGAGGAACUCCAGGUGGUCUGAGCUCAGCAGAUCCAGUGGCCUCCAUGGGCAUCACAGAGUUAUGACGUGGCAACAAAGAGCUGGACAGCAAGUCCAACAAAGGGAGAGGUGGGAAGAUAAAGGGCCCUUUGGGAAAGGGCCCAAUCCCUGAGCCUCCUUGGGUCAGUCCCGGCUCCAGGAAGAGCAUCAGAAAUGCUCACUGGGCAUCUCGGAGAGCUGAAGAACCAGCUGAAUGAGGUGAGAUGAAGAAAAAGAGAGAGGAGAGGGAAUUAAUAACCUAGUAUUCAGAACAUGGCACACUAAACAAUAAUCAAAGUA